UGUGAACGAGUGAUCGCUCCUGGCCAAUAUGAAAGCCUAGGACGUGAUCUGUUACCUUGCCAAGCACCUGUUUCAAUUUUCACCACGGGCAUCGAUGUAAUGCUCUAGCUGCACAAGGAAUGGCGGCCUGAGAUACGAAGGCUGGUUCGCAAUCGGCCAAACCAAUGCGAUCAAGUAGCCUCCAGGCUUCAUGAGCGCACACAUUUGACGGCCCCGUCCCGGCUGUCGUGCAGGAGAUAUAGCCACAAGAACCUGGAGAAACAAACAUGUAGUGGAGGUUCGCCAAGUGAUUCACACAAAGUCAAGGCGAGAUGCACGUGUAAGUCGUAGAUCAGAUCAUGGCGCACAUCUUCGCGAUCGAAGGCUUUGGAGAGAGCGUUGGCUUCGGCAAUGGCAGUAGAGGAUAUGUCAAGUCCAGUAGUCUCGAGAUGAAGAAUGGACGCGAUGAGGAUCGCGUCGUAUCACGUUUGCACAUGACAGCAUUCUCGUCUGUCGAUGCAUCCAUAAACAAAGGUCUCACUUUCACACAUCCGGGCAUGGGUGCGCCACCAGUUCGAGGUAGGUCGAUCUCGUCCGACAUGGGGGCUCUCUCAGGGAAGGUUGUGGCCUCAGGGAGUCACUUUCACUUUCCUCAUGCGUUAAGCUAUCCCUUGUCGCUAUCCUGUGCGAGCAGUCCGCGUACUCGUGCUUGAUGAGCGCAUUAUGCACCUUAUCGUAGCAUUAAGAUCACGGCACAUUGAACACUUGACCACAGCACACUUGACCCCGCGGCCACUCUGCGGAAACCCACGCCAUGGUUUGAGCUCCGAGUCAAGAAAUAG